GUGAGGUGGAGGAAUCAUCAGUUAGCUCACUGCUAGCUGUCUCCUGGAGCCAACCGCCGAUGUGUUAUGAGCUUUGUAGCCGAAAUCAGUAUAUUAUUUUAGUUUCGAUAGUUGCAACGAUGACACUCUGACACCAAGAAUGGACAUAAGUUAACAAUGACGGGGGAGAAAAAGAAGAAAAAGCGGGUGAACCGCAGCAUUCUUCUUGCAAAGAAAAUUAUAAUAAAAGAUGGAGGAAGUCCUCAGGGAAUCGGUGAGCCGAGUGUUUACCAUGCUGUGGUGGUCAUCUUCCUGGAGUUUUUUGCAUGGGGUCUUCUUACCACCCCAAUGCUCACGGUAUUACACCAGACAUUCCCACAACACACAUUCCUGAUGAAUGGGCUCAUCCAUGGUGUCAAGGGUCUAUUAUCAUUUCUGAGUGCGCCACUGAUCGGAGCGCUUUCAGACGUAUGGGGACGCAAAUCCUUCUUGCUGCUAACGGUGUUCUUCACGUGUGCACCCAUUCCACUGAUGAAGAUCAGCCCAUGGUGGUACUUUGCAGUCAUCUCCAUGUCCGGAGUGUUCGCAGUCACCUUCUCUGUGAUCUUUGCCUACGUGGCCGAUAUCACGCAGGAGCAUGAGAGGAGCACAGCAUACGGUUUGGUAAGGAGAACAAAAUAGGCCUCCCUGGUCACCAGCCCGGCCAUCGGAGCCUACCUGUCCGUUAAAUACGGCGACACCUUGGUGGUGAUCCUGGCCACGGCCGUCGCUCUGCUCGAUAUCUGCUUCAUCCUGGUGGCCGUGCCGGAGUCUCUGCCGGAGAAGAUGAGGCCAGCAUCGUGGGGGGCGCCCAUCUCCUGGGAGCAGGCAGACCCCUUCGCUUCUCUGCGUAAGGUGGGCCAGGACCCCACAGUGCUCCUCAUCUGUAUCACAGUGUUUCUCUCCUACCUCCCUGAGGCCGGCCAGUACUCCAGCUUCUUCCUCUAUCUCAGACAGGUAACACACUGCUCUCCCUGCUUACCUUUUUUGUAG